AUGGCCGACCAGCUCCUCGAACAAGUGCGCGACGCCAUGGAGGGCCAAAUCGACUUCGAAGGCCAGCGCCUAGCCGAGCUCCUCACGAACGUACUUCUUGGUGCCGUCGGCAUCUUCGCCUUCUUCAUCGGGUUCAUGGCGCAGGACAUCACGCUGACGCUGUACAUUGGGCUUGCGGGCACGCUGGUCACGUUCCUGGCGGUUGUGCCGCCGUGGCCGUUUUACAACAAGAACCCUGAGGGGUGGUUGCCCGCGCAUGUGGCGCAGGCGGGGGUGGGGGGGAUUGAUGUUGAUGGGUUGAAGGUUGGAUAG